AUGCUGCCGUUGGCUCGAAGCCGCAUCGCGGCUUUCUCUGCCGCCUGGACUCCCCGCGUUGCUGCCCGGGCCAGCUACACCACCACCGUGCCUCGCCUCUCCGAGAACUUCAUCCAAGCCAACGACCCGAACGCCCCGCAUCCACCCAAGCCCAAUGUGUCUGCCACCAAUGCUACCCCUGUUGACGCCAUGGGUUCCUGGGAUGCGCCAUUGAAGGAGAGCGUUGAGGCCGGCGAGCGCAACCGCCAACUUCAGGCCCCCAACCGCGCCAGGACCUGGGCUGCCAGCCAGCAGCCAAGGGAGAAGGCUAUGACCGGACCUCGUUUCGAGCAGACUAUCAUGGAGAUGCAGCCCCAACCCUAUGCCGCCAUUGAACUCAUCCACAAGCAGCCUGUCCGCUGGACGAAGAAGAAGGUUGUCAGCUGUGACGGCGGUGGCGGUCCUCUGGGUCACCCCAGAAUCUAUAUUAACACAGACAAGCCCGAGAUUGCUACCUGCGGUUACUGUGGACUUCCUUUUGCUCACGAGCAGCACCGUGCUUACCUUGAGUCCCUCCCCGCUACUAGCUACCCUCUUAAACCCACUGGCGAUGCCGCGGAGGUGAACGAGACUCAGCGUGUUACCGAGGGUGGUCUGGAACAGCGGUAG